AGGAAAGGCUGAAGGGAAGGUUGGGGGGUGAAGAGCAGGGCGCUAGGUAUAAAUACCAACCGGACUGUUUUGGGAUAUCACUGAUAUCUGGACGCUCUCUGGACACCAUGAAACUGUUUGCUCUGAUAAUGCUGGUAGGAUCUGCUGUGGCAGUGCCCCGUGAAGAUGGCAGGAUCAUUGGUGGGCAGGAAUGUGAACCUAACUCCAGGCCAUAUAUGGCAUCCCUGAACUACGGUUACCACUUCUGUGGAGCAGUACUCAUCAGCGAGCAGUGGGUGCUCUCUGUCGCCCACUGCUGGUACAACCCCUAUAGCAUGCAGAUCAUUCUUGGUGAACACGACCUGCGAGUGUUUGAGGGCACCGAGCAGCUCAUGAAGACCGAAAACAUCAUCUGGCACCAAAGCUAUGACUACCAGACUCUGGACUAUGACAUCAUGCUGAUCAAGCUGUUCCACCCGGUGCAGAUCACUGAGGCAGUGAAGCCUGUUCCCCUGCCCAGCGGGUGUCCAUACGGGGGCAUCCGCUGUUCUGUGUCUGGCUGGGGCAACACCGCCAUGGGCGGCGAGGUAAACCUUCCCACACGCCUGCAGUGUUUGGACGUGCCCAUAGUGGAUGGGAAGUUGUGUGAUGAGUCGUACCCCGGCAUGAUCACACAGAGGAUGAUGUGUGUAGGAUUCAUGGACGGAGGCAGGGACGUGUGCAACGGGGAUUCAGGCAGUCCUCUGGUGUGUCAAGGGGAGCUUCAUGGCCUGGUGUCCUGGGGCCGGGGCUGUGCGGAGGCCGGGUCCCCUGGAGUCUACGUCAAGGUGUGCGAGUUCGUCCACUGGAUCAGAGACAACAUGGAGGCCAAUCCAUAAUGCAGAUAGAUGGCCUUCUUUUGGGGUGUCCUCCCUGCCUCCUUUCUUCCUUCCCUCCCUCCCUCCCUCCUUUCCCCUUCCCUCCCUCCCUCCCUCUCCCUCCCCUCCCUUUCCCUCCCUUCCUCUCCCCUCCAUCCCUUCAUCUCUACCCCCACUCUUUCAGUCUUUCUAAACCAUUGUCUGCCGUCUCAUUCUCUCUCCUUUGUAAAACACUGGAUAAAAACUUCACCUUUCCCCACAA